CGGUGGGGUGCCCGGUUGUUGCGCCGCGCCGCGCCGCGGUGGGUGUUUCUCUCUCUCUGGGCCCCCGGCCGGGUCUCGGGGGCGAGGAUGUGAAGAUGGCGGAGCUGCAGAUGCUGCUGGAGGAGGAAAUCCCGGGCGGGCGCCGGGCCCUGUUCGACAGCUACACCAACCUGGAGCGGGUGGCCGAGUACUGCGAGACCAACUACAUCCAGUCAGCAGAUAAACAGCGAGCCUUAGAAGAAACCAAAGCCUACACAACCCAGUCCUUAGCAAGUGUAGCUUAUCUGAUCAACACUUUGGCCAACAAUGUUCUCCAAAUGCUGGAUAUCCAGGCAUCCCAGCUUCGGCGCAUGGAAUCUUCAAUCAACCAUAUUUCACAAACGGUGGACAUUCAUAAAGAGAAAGUUGCUAGACGAGAAAUUGGCAUUUUGACUACGAACAAAAACACCUCAAGAACCCACAAAAUCAUUGCACCAGCCAACCUGGAACGACCAGUUCGCUACAUUAGAAAACCUAUUGAUUACACAAUUCUAGAUGAUAUUGGACAUGGAGUGAAGUGGUUGCUUAGAUUUAAGGUUAGUACACAGAAUAUGAAGAUGGGUGGGCUGCCUCGUACUACUCCACCUACCCAGAAACCACCCAGCCCACCAAUGUCAGGAAAAGGAACUAUUGGGCGUCACUCUCCCUAUCGCACACUGGAGCCUGUGCGUCCUCCAGUGGUACCAAAUGACUAUGUACCUAGCCCAACACGUAAUAUGGCUCCCUCGCAACAGAGCCCUGUUAGAACAGCUUCUGUGAAUCAGAGGAAUCGCACAUACAGCAGCAGUGGGAGUAGUGGAGGGAGCCACCCAAGUAGUCGGAGCAGCAGUCGAGAGAACAGUGGAAGUGGAAGUGUGGGUGUACCUAUUGCUGUCCCCACUCCAUCUCCUCCUAGCGUCUAUCCAGCCCCUGCUGGCUCAGCUGGCACUUCUCCCCUUCCUGCUACCUCUGCACCUGCUCCUUCCCCCCUUGCUCCUGCUACUGCCCCCUCUGCUGCCCCAGAUACUGCAGCUGCAGGAGCCCAGCCUCUUGCUGAUGGCAUCACCUCUCCAACUCCCCCUGCUGUUUCUUCCACUCCCUCAGCAGGUCACCCUGUUCAGUUCUACAGCAUGAACAGACCUGCCUCCCGGCAUACACCCCCAACAAUAGGGGGCUCUUUGCCAUACAGGCGCCCUCCUUCCAUCACUUCGCAAACGAGCCUUCAGAACCAGAUGAAUGGAGGGCCUUUUUAUAGCCAGAACCCAGUAUCCCUUGCUCCUCCUCCUCCUUCCAUCCUACAGGUAACUCCACAGUUACCACUGAUGGGAUUUGUGGCCAGAGUUCAAGAAAAUAUUUCAGAUACUCCCCCUCCUCCUCCACCUGUAGAUGAGCCAGUCUUUGAUGAGUCCCCACCUCCACCUCCACCCCCAGAAGAUUAUGAAGAGGAGGAGGCAGCUGUGGUUGAGUACAGUGAUCCUUAUGCUGAAGAGGACCCCCCAUGGGCACCAAGGACCUAUUUAGAAAAGGUGGUGGCGAUUUAUGACUACACAAAAGACAAGGAGGACGAGCUCUCGUUUCAGGAAGGUGCCAUCAUUUACGUCAUUAAGAAGAACGAUGAUGGGUGGUAUGAGGGUGUCAUGAAUGGAGUGACAGGGCUCUUCCCAGGGAACUAUGUGGAGUCCAUCAUGCACUACUCUGAGUGAAGACCACAGGGUGCAGAGCUGCACCUUGCUCCACAGGAACUGUCCGGACUCCUCAGCUCUCACCCAAGUGAACUGAAUGAAGGAUAAUUGUAACAGAACCACUCUUGUUUUCUGCUUUUUUCAUUAUACAACAAUAGUGAUUUGAGUUGUUUGAACAAAUGGCUCUUCCACUGCCAGCAGUGGCUGUGCCUGACGUUGACUAAGCCGACCCGUUCAGAUGUAGAUAGUGGAGAUGUAACGAACUUGCUGAGUAGCUGAUACUUGACUAAAAUUCAGACUGAUUCAAGCGUGAUCUGGGAUCCUUCUCAGGAAUACUGUAUGCCCCUGUGAUAUUACCUCUGGCAUUAGUGCCUGGCACCGGGAGAUCCUGGAUGCCAGUGCAAAGGGGUUAAUAUAACUGGCCAGUGGAAAUCCCUCCCUUUUUCUACACUCACAUGCAGCUGGAAAGACACUUGUGUGCUAGCUAACAUUUGGAUUCAUACACAAAGCAGUUCCUGUAUCUGACUUCCAGAUGAUUCGUUACAUCUUUAACAUAAACACUUCUGCAACUGCUCUGUGCAUGUAGACUGAUGUGGGGGCUCACAGAGCUGGCUCGGGUUCACUUACCUUUCAGUUUAGAUAAUUGAGAUGGAUGCAGCACACCGUUGUGUAAUCUUAGUCCUUUGAGUGCCCCAGGUUAGCUCUGUAUUAUGCACUGGUGUAGAAAGUUAUCCCCUUUGGCAUGAGCUCCCAGCCUGCUGGUGCAGAGGGGUUAAGCUGAACACAAAUGCAGUGUGUGGUGAUGAUAGGUUCCUAGGGAGUCUGAGGCUGACUCUAGGAGUUAAGGUUGGAAUCUAUUCGUGCAUGCUUGCACGAGACAGAUUAUUCAUCCCAAAUGUCAGUAUUACGCAAAGUAUAAUUUUAAAAGCCAAUCAGGUCUUGUAAAUUGGCUCUUUUGUACUUUGGUUCCGGAUCUGAGUAUAUGCUGUGACCGCCCUGGCCAGAGGCAGGACAGAGAGCAGUUGUCUUCUUCAGGUGUAUUUCCAAAAUCUCCUCUCAGUGGAAGUAAAAAGGGCUGCCAUGUAUGUUGGUUUUCCAUGGAAAGCUACACACAAACUGGUUGUUAUUUUAGCUCUUUUCUCUGCCCCUUCCAAUGCUUAUAAAAUAGUAAAUACCUUUCAUAGCUAUACCGAGCCAGGUGUGACUCGCACACUAUAAAGGUUUCAUGUGCAUUUGUAGGUUGCUUUUAAUACAGUCUCAGAUGAAAAUGCCACCACUGGAGUUGGCUUCACAGAGGAGCGUAAAGAACUCAGAACAGUCAUCUGUGCCAGUUUAGGAAGAACUGCAAACAAAAGAGGAGUGUUAACGUAGUUCACUAACACAGCAAACUGAUUGACUUGCUGUUGUAGUCCACCUUCUGGGGGAGGGCAGCCUAUGUACAUUUAGUCUGAUCUCCCAUAGUAGGGAGCCAUGUUUCUUCCUGAACUAUCUUUAUGUGAGCCAAGGUGAAAUUCCAGCCAGUACCAACAGUGGCUUAUUCAAGUCUAGAUAAUGCUGCCGCACUCUGCUAAGGCAUGUGUGUACGAUGGAAAUGUGCAGGGAGAGUAGUAGAGACAACUAACUGGAGGCUGGUUUUCCUUCCUUCCUUCCUUGGUAAAAAUGUGUACAGUCAAGCCAGUCUCAUAACUCAGUAUCUCGUGCAGUAUCGUGCCAGAGAUGUGCAUUUACAGCAAGCAGGGACACUUUGGCUAGAUGGGACCUUUGCUAAGCUGAUACAUCAAUCUGAGGGGGCAGAAAAGGGAAAGGAAUGGACAAAUUGUGCAUUUCUUCCUUGUACUCUGGAUAUGAAGGUUCCUUGGAGCUUUUCUUCUUCUCAAUACUCAUUCAUAGGUGGCACUGGAGCCUAGCUGCUGUCAGGAAGCUUCUCCACUCAGUUACCCCUUCUAUCCAUCUGCUGCAAAAAUAGUUUCAUUGAGCUGUAGCUUUCAAGCCCUGCCACACUGCAUCCGACAAGGCUCAUCUCACUGCGCCUUCACUCCUUGCUGCCCUUCUGGAAUUGCAGAAGGUCAUGCUUGCUGAAUUAGGUGACACCGACCAAAAAGAUCCCUUUUGGGUUUUUUGUCUCCUAGUAGCAAAAUGGAUGAAAACAGACACUGCCCAGUGUCAUUGUAGCGGUGUUGGGGUGAGACAGAGCUAGGCAGUUACCAUACACCAAGGUGGGGCUACUGUUAGUUUCUAAGACUUGGCGACACAGGAAGCUAUGAAGUGAAGUAGGAUGUGAAUUUAAAGUACAAGAGCUAUUCUGGGCAUGUAAAUGAGCCCCAAGGGCAUGUCUGCACUGCAAGUACCAGGGGAACCCAUCUGCUCACAAGAUGGCUAAAGCACGGCUGCAUUGUGCAGUGGAAAUGGGGACUCCCACGCACUCCUCAGAGGGCUUGGUUAUGGUCCCAUCUGCUCUACAGAACAGAUGGGCUUUUUCUGAGUCUGGGACAUCGGUGUUGUAAGUGGUGUCCCUGACCAGGAUAUGCUUGUGCUGUAGACUGGGCACAGAAUCAAUAUUCCUUAAACUAGCUAUUUCCAUUGGAAAGACAUCUGGUGUGGUGAGCUCACAAAGCAGAGGAGUUGUAGGGUCCAGAACGUCCAGACCCCUCACCAGCAAAUAACACGGUGCAGGCAGCUCCUUGCCGAAGCGGGCUUGUGGUUUGUCUGCCCCCUGCUGACCACACGCCACUUAGGAGGUGGUUCAUCCUGCAGAGCUGCUGUGGAGGGAAUUUCUAGGUCACCUCCUGCUGGUUUGAUGCUUUUUUAUGCAGUACUAAUGUUGUAAAAAACAGUUGUUGGGUUUUAUGCAUCUUUUUAUUUUGUACAGGUUUUUGAAUUCUGUAGAUUGUCCAGGGAUGAUGCUAUAUAAUGAGCAUAGGCCAGGCCCAAAGUAAUUGGAUUUUGUAUGUAUUGUUACAUAGACUGCAUGCUAUUAACAUUAGUGAGGCGUAUGGUUCCAGUUCUAUCAUUUAUCCUCCCCCCCAUCUCCUUUCCUCUUUUAUUUAAAUGGUUACUUCAACAAGGGAUGGGGGCUUGGGCCAUUGGCAAAACUUGCUAUUCAAAUAGAUGCAUAACUUCUUUGCACAGAGUCCUGCUGCCAAAGCUGAAAUGAAGGUGUUAAGAGUUACAAGCUGUUGAUUAUUCAUUGUGUUUUUCUAUCACUGGGGGCAGAGUGUAAGGAGAAAAGGACACAGCAGACUAGCCCACAGCAGGCUCUAAAUAGUAAUUCUGCCUCCAACCCUCUAGCUUUUUUCUAUCCACAACCAGUGGGGGGGGAGCCAGUCCACCAUUGCUUCUGGCAUUGUUGGCAAAGGGUUUGUUGGUGAAGAAAUGGUGCUGUGCAAAGAGGAAGCGCUACUCCCUCAAAUAUUUUAUUAUUAAGUUUUGGUUUCCUCAAAGAACAAAAACACUUCCUGCUUCCAGCACAAAGCUACACUGGUUGUGCAUAAAGUGCCAGUCUGGCUAAAGCUACAGUACGGCGAGUUGGUUUGGUGCCUGUAUCGCAGUCAGGGGGAGGGUGGUGGCAGCGGCAGCUUUGGGUCCUGUUUCUGGGAAAUGUUUCUGCUUAUGUAAAGCC